AUGCCAUUCGGAGGCAAGGUUGUAGUGCUUGGAGGGGACUUUCGGCAAAUUCUACCAGUUGUGUUGAAAGCGUUGAGACAAGACAUUGUUCAUGAUACAAUCAAUUCAUCACCGUUGUUGAUACAAUGUAACGUUAUGAAGUUGAACAAGAACAUGAGACUUGAGUUGUCCUCCUCUUCCGCCAAUGCAGAUGAAAUAAGAGAAUUUGCGAAAUGGAUAUUGAGAAUCGGCAAUGGCGAUGGUGGCGUGGUAAAUGACGGUGAUGCCACAUUUGAAAUUCCCGAUGACAUGCUGAUUCGGAAUUCUUCAGAUCCCUUUUUGGAUCUAAUAGAAUUUGUCUAUCCCGAUCUGGUGACCAACCUUUUCACUACCGAGUAUUUCGAAGGCAGAGCAAUUCUUGCACCCACUAAUGAAAGUGUCGGUUUUGUGAACGAUCAUUUUUUUGUCUAUCAUAACUGGAGAGGAGAAGGUCUAUUUAAGCUCUGA